CCCUGCAGCAGAAACUUAAGCGCAUUGUGGUUAUUCAGCAAACGGAUCAGUCAUACCAUAGGGCGUUGAGCGACAUACGCGACCAAGCCAUCAUCUCGGUGCUGGUGGAGCCAAGUUUCUAUGGGCGGCAUUGCAUAACAUCCGUCAUGGUUAUUGCCACCGCGAAUAAUACGUAUGUGUUUGAUCUGAAAGCGCUGGGAGUCAUUUUCCGGGAACUAUCUGUGCUGCUGGAGGCGGAGUAUCCUAGAAAGAUAAUGCACUACAGCCAUCGAAUAUGUGAUUUGCUGUUCCAUCAGCACAAGCUAAGAAUAAAUGGAAUUUGCGACACGUUCGUCGCGUUGUGCGUAGCUCGACAGGAUCGUUGUAAUUGCACGUUGCAGGACGCCAUUUCGUUAAUUUUCGAGCUACCGCUGUCCGAGCUGACCUGCGACGAGAUAACUAGUGCCAGCGAAUCGCUGCGUAACUUCACCGCACGCCCUUUAUCCAGAGGUCAGAUCCAAUACCUGGGAAAACUUGCCAUAUUACAACAUAAGUUACACGAUACGCUAUCUACGGAAAUAUUGUAG